GUCCAGAAGCAUGCGAGGACAUUGAGAUUCAUCACAGGACCGGGCUAGCGUUCAUGACUUGCGGUAAUCAACACGAACGUAAAACUCAGUGGUAUCCACCAAGCAACGUGUUCAAAAACUAUAGUUACCGUCCAAAUGAUACGCCUUACGUCUAUGAUAUCAAGAACGACAAACUAACCCCGCUCAAACUUAAUAAUUUUGAUGAUGAUUUAUCACUUCAUGGUUUGGGAAUCUAUGAAGAUCCCGCAGAACCUAAUGAACUUUACUUGUUUCUUAUAAAUCACAAGCGUUCAGGCAGCGUAAUCGAAUUAUUUAAGCACACUCUGAACACCUAUGAAUUAAAUCAUGUGAAAACAUUCAAACAUGAAUUAAUAUCUAGUCCUAAUGAUAUCGUACCUGUGUCAAAAGAUGAAUUUUACGUUACUAUUGAUUUCUAUACUACCGGCAGCUAUUGGAAGAGGAUGUUUGAAAUGUUUCAUUCUGAUAUUACCAACACUACCGAGGUUGCCGCUGAUGGGUUAUACUACGCCAAUGGAAUAACCACGAACUGGGAUCAUUCACGUGUCUACGUGGGCUUAACCGGUUCUGGCGAGCUUCUAAUAUUUGAAAGGAAACCCAAUAAUAAACUCAAAUUGUUGGAUGUAGUGAAAACGGAGCACUAUAUUGAUAACGUUAGUACGGAUCCUGUUACGGGAGAAAUUUAUCUUGCUGCCGGAACAAACUGCCUAGAUGCUCUCGCAUAUAUUAAAGAUGAGACUAAUACAGCAAAAAAACCUGGGUUCGUUGUAUUUAAAGUCAGUAAUAAUACUGCAGAGGAUAGAUUUUAUGGAAUUAAAUAUUCGACAAAGAAAAUACUCGAAGAUGAUGGAAGUUUAUUCUUCACGCUCUCUGUGGUGGCUGUGGACCAUAAUCGAAAAGUAAUGCUCAUGGGUUCAUAUUCUGCACCUGGCUUUGUUAGAUGUGAAUUAGAUGAGAAUACAUUGGGUUAG